AGGGCGGGGGGAGGAGCCGAACGCGCACCGCGGCGGGCGUGCGGGGCUGCUGCGGCGGCAGCGGCGGCUCCGAUCCGGCACCCUCUCUUACCACCUGGCGCGCGUGGGGGCGGGUCCACAGCCCCUUGUCCGCCCUCCAACCCCCAUGGGCAGCCGCCAGCCGCCGCCUCGGCAGCCACCCAGGACACGACAGGGAUAAGAGCAGGACCCCACCGGUCACCAUGUCGGGAGACUAUGAGGACGACCUCUGCCGGCGGGCACUCAUUCUGGUCUCAGACCUCUGUGCGCGGGUCCGAGAUGCCGACACCAGCGACAGGUGCCAGGAGUUCAACGACCUGCGAAUUCGAGGCUAUCCCCGGGGCCCAGAUGCAGACAUCUCCGUGAGCCUGCUGUCAGUCAUCGUGACAUUCUGUGGCAUCGUCCUGCUGGGCGUCUCCCUCUUCGUGUCCUGGAAGUUGUGCUGGGUGCCCUGGCGGGACAAGGGAGGCUCGGCAGUGGGUGGCGGCCCCCUGCGAAAAGACCUGGGCCCGGGGGUUGGGCUGGCGGGCCUGGUAGGUGGCGGUGGGCACCACCUCGGGGCUGGCCUGGGUGGCCAUCCCCUGCUGGGGGGCCCGCAUCACCACGCCCACACCGCCCACCACCCGCCUUUCUCCGAGUUGCUGGAGCCGGGCAGCCUGGGGGGCUCUGACCCCCCUGAGCCCUCCUAUUUGGACAUGGACUCGUAUCCAGAGGCCGCGGCGGCAGCUGCAGUCGCCGCUGGGGUCAAACCGAGCCAGACGUCUCCGGAGCUGCCCUCCGAGGGUGGGACAGGCUCUGGACUGCUCCUGAUGCCCCCUAGUGGUGGGGGCUUGCCCAGUGCCCAGUCCCACCAGCAGGUCACAAGCCUAGCACCCACCACCAGGUACCCAGCCCUGCCCCGGCCCCUCACCCAGCAGACCCUGACCCCCCAGCCGGACCCCAGCAGUGAGGAGCGGCCACCUGCCUUACCCUUACCCCUGCCGGGUGGCGGAAAGGCCAAGCUCAUUGGACAGAUCAAGCCGGAGCUGUACCAGGACUGGACCUGGCAGCUGGCGGGGCGCGGAGCCCCGGGCUCUGGAGAGGCCGGCGCGGGGGCGCACCCUGCGCGGGGCCGCAUCAGCUUCGCCCUGCGGUACCUCUACGGUUCUGACCUGGUGGUGCGGAUCCUGCAGGCCCUGGACCUUCCUGCCAAGGACUCCAGCUUCUCAGACCCCUAUGUCAACUACCUGCUGCCUGACCGCAAGAAAAAAUUCCAGACCAAGGUGCACAGGAAGACCCUGAACCCUGUGUUCAACGAGACGUUUCAGUUCGCGGUGCCCCUGGCCGAGCUGGCCCAGCGCAAACUGCACUUCAGCGUCUACGACUUCGACCGCUUCUCGCGGCACGACCUCAUCGGCCAGGUGGUGCUGGACCUGCUGGAGCUGGCCGAGCCUCCUGACCGCCCACUGUGGCGGGACAUCGUGGAGGGCGGCUCGGAAAAGGCAGAUCUUGGGGAGGCUGAACUUCACUACUGCUACCUCCCCACGGCCGGGCGCCUAACCGUGACCAUCAUCAAAGCCUCUAACCUCAAAGCCAUGGACCUCACUGGCUUCUCGGACCCCUACGUGAAGGCCUCUCUGAUCAGCGAGGGGCGGCGGCUCAAGAAGCGGAAAACCUCCAUCAAGAAGAAUACGCUGAACCCCACCUACACGAGGGCGCUGGUGUUCGACGUGGCCCCCGAGAGCGUGGAAACGUGGGGACUCAGCAUCGCGGUGGUAGACUACGAUUGCAUCGGGCACAACGAGGUGAUAGGCGUGUGCCGCGUGGGCCCCGAUGCAGCCGACCCCCACGGCCGCGAGCACGGGGCGGAGAUGCUGGCCAACCCCCGAAAGCCCGUGGAGCACUGGCAUCAGCUGGUGGAGGAAAAGACUUUGAGCAGCUUCAAAGGCAGCAAAGGAUUGUCAGAGAAAGAGAACUCAGAGGUGCGGCGGUAA